UACAUGGGCAAAUUGAGCUAACAACAAUCACCACAUGCCGCAUUGAUUGAAUUUCUACUUUCGAUCAAUAAUUGAUGCUAAUAGUUAAUGCAUGCCGUAGCCUGUGCGGGUGUUUGUUUUUUUUUUCACUGCUCAUUAUGUAAUUCCACUCCCUCUCCCUCUUUUGUUAUCAACGGGACAGUUUGACGUCAUCACCCAGCUCCGGGAAGGUCUGAGCAGCUCGCGGCUGCAGAGCUUCCAUCCAGACCAGCCGACGGGCGAAAAACAAACUGCAGCGGUGCUUUAGCUUAGCGAGCCGCUCUGAAAAAAAGUAGGCCAAUUGGGUCAGCUGUACUAUCGCACGUCUGAAUGUGUUCAGAUAAGGUAGUGCGCGUUUCUGCACUGACUUGAACCUUUUAUGAAACCCGCCCUGCUCACCAGGCACCACCACCAUGUCCGACGCUGCUAACACUACGUCUACAAACAACAACGGAGACUCCGGGCUAAACGGGUCCUGGGUUGAGCUGGAGAUGAACAGAGGCACAGCCAGAGCGUCCCAGUCACCCUCCACAGAUGGCCCGGCCCCGGGCCUGCUGCCCCUCCCUCAGGUGGAGGAAGAGGAGGCCAUAGUGGGGGGGCUGGAGCACGUCCCAUCUUCGUCCUCCAUCCACAACGGAGACAUGGAAAAGAUCCUGCUGGAUGCCCAGCACGAGUCGAGCCGCAGCAACUCCUCCUGCGACAGCCCCCCGCGGCCCCACAGUCCCCAGGCUGACGGACAGAUCAUCUUUGACGUGGACGUGAGCGGCAGGAGAGACAGUCUAUCAGAAGAGGACGUCUUGGACAAGGAGAGGGAUAUGGACAUCCUGAUGAAGGAUGCAGACUGGGUUGCUGACUGGUCUAGUAGACCGGAAAACAUCCCCCCCAAGGAGUUUCAUUUCCGUCACCCUCGACGCUCAGUAACACUCAGCAUGAGGAAGACCGGGGUCAUGAAGAAAGGAGGAAUCUUCUCUGCCGACUUCCUCAAAGUCUUCAUCCCCUCGUUGCUACUAUCGCACAUCCUCGCUCUGGGGGUGGGAGUCUACAUCGGUAAGAGGCUGACCACGCCACCCGCCAGCUCCUUCUGAGCCUGAAACGGAAGAAAAGUGCCUGAGAAGUGGCCAUGAAUUGUUGAAGAAAGUUUUGCUGUCGUGAGAAGAAAAAACGCCCAUGUCUUCUCCCUCUGUCCCGCCUGCCCCCCGCUUCCCUUCCUGAGAUAUGACAUGUUCUCAGGAGAAAUGCAUCUUUCCUCUCUCUCUCCCCUCCUUCCCCACCCUUUAUUUCUUGAUCGACUGUUCCUCUGACUCUGUAGAUACCCCCCCACCCCUCUCCCCCUCUCCUCCUGCCUUAUAUCCUUCACUCAUUUAUGUAAGCUUUUCAAAAAAUGAAUAAGGUCCCAUAUUUCCUUUUCCCCAGCGCUUUGGGUUUAAUGUUUAUAACGGGUGGGUUUUCAGGGAGGGUUGCAGCAUCAAACCAAACUCUUCUACUACACACUACCCCUUGAUCAUCUGACAACAAGGGAGGACUGUCCAGUUUUAGAAAUGACCACAGAUUGUGCCACCUACAUGAGUAGCCCAACAGUCGGAUCUCUAAGAGGAUUCGACCAAAUUCAGAGUCGGCUUCGCAAACUGGAAUUGUAGUCAUGCCUUUUUGAAAGUAGCCAUUUUGUAAAUUUUCUUUAAUAUAGUUUUUAUUUUUAUUUUACAACUGUGGUUUAUUGAGAAGGUGCAACGAUGAAAGGGGUUACCAUAGUGGCCAUCCUAAAUCACAAACGCUUCUGAUUUGCACUGGGGAAGUCUCCGGCUUAUAAAGAGAGAUUUCUGUGACGUUUUUGUGAUGGAAACUAGAUGUGAAAAUCUAUUCAAUUCUGCAUCCAAAUGAAUAUUUUGCAAAGUGACAAUAACUAGAAACCAGAGUGUAGAUGUGUGCUGUGCAGGCAGGCAGCGCGUCCUUCUCAGCGUGUACACUAACAGUAUUUUGUGGUUGGGCCUUGGGUAACGCCACUGUACGGUCCAGAAAUGUUCAUUGUCCACGUUGUUCUUCUAGUGAGCUUCCUGGUUUGUUUGCAACAUAUUGUAGAGCUGGUUUGGUCCUGACGGCUCAGGUCCCACUUACUUUUACUCCAGAUUGGGCUGGAUAUGACACGCCACUGUGGUCAUAUUCAAAAGGCUUCCGACCAAAAAGCUUAAACGUGAGAUUUGAAAUAAAGAGAACUUGCUUUAUUGACAUUUGUUUCAAGGAUGUUUGAGUAAAUUUAUUUAAAAGUUAAGGUAUACUAAGCAGGAUUUGUCGGUUGGUCGGUUUGUGGAGACAGCGUUCAAAGUUGGCCCCUCCUCUAGGGGAGAGAGAGAAAGCAGCGGCGGGCGCGCAAGCUAGAGAGUGAAUGGAGAGAGGGAAUGGCACCAGCGAGAACAAAGCCGUGAAACGGACGAAUAACUCGUUAUUUUCUGAUUGUUUCACGGCGAUUACAUUCUAAAGCGCAAAUAAACACACCUGCACCUCUGCACACCUCAGCGGGAAGGUUUGUGUGAAUGCAGAGCUUGUGUCAGUCGAACAGCACAAACACAGCGACAGCGAGGUGACCGGGCUGCACACUUUGCAUGCUGUUAUUAGCUGGGGGUUACACACCCACGUGGGGCCCAAAGACUGUGGUUGAUGCCCAGAAACAUCCCACACACAGCAAAAUAAGAAGAAAGGGCAGAUACAGACACCGCUACACACUUCUAGUAGGUCAUAAGUAAUGAUUGAGAGAGAUUAUUUGUGUAUUAGUCCAUAAAUAGUUUUUUAGGAAAAUGCUGCUUAUAUACCUUUUUUUCUUUUUUUUUUUUUUCUUUUUUUUUUUUUUUUAAAACUAUUUUAUGAAAGAUAAGACUUUAAAGAUAUUGGUUGGAUCAGGAGAAUUGUUUUUAACGCCACUCUUUGUUAAAAAAAAUGUCCAGUGAUAGCCAGCCCUGCUCUCUUUAACACUCCAACACGUUUACCAAAAUGUCCACAGAAAUGACUUCAUCAAGCUGCAGAUGAAGGGAACUGAUUCCAGGGUUUUGACAGGCAAAAGGUGGUCCUCAGUUUGACAUUUGCAGAUGUGCAGCGACUUCUAAUCGACUGAAGGGAGGUUUGUUUUUACCUAACAAGGCUCUGCUUUAGGUGUAAACACAGGUACUUGGCUAGCAUGUUCAGUAAGGUCCACAGCAUGAUUAAAAAGCUUGAUCUCAGACAUCAGGGGGGGUGGACUGUGGUCAGUGGUCAGUUUUGUCCCAAGUGGACCUUCCACAGCCAGUCCUGGGUCAAGUAAUAUUUGAUUUAGAAGUGUUUUUUUUUCUGCUUUUUUUUUUUUUUUUUUUUCUUGUUGCUAACUACUUUGACAGAUGUACAGGUUUUUACUUAUAGGAUGACACAUUGAGUUUCAGUUUUAAAGGUGAGCAUUAUACCGCCUGAUGUUACUUUUUUGCCUUUUCAAAAAAUUAUUUUAUGAUAACUUCCAUUUCAGUGUUACAUUUCCUGGAGAAAGAAAAAGAGAAGACAAAAAAAAAAAAACUUGAAAGAAGCAACUUCUAUGAGUGCUGAUAGUUUUUAAAAUCAAUCAUAACGUCAUAACUAGGAGGAAGAUUUUAGUUUAGCGUUCGUCGACCCCCACUUGAAGGCAUAGAUGUGAAAGUAUCUGAAAAAAUACUACUUGAAGUUAAAGUAGAAUUAGCCUCUCUUUGAAAUAUAUAUUUUUUUUAAAUAAAUAAAAGCUGCAAAUGCUAUUUGACCCAGCAGGUCGACUCAGGACGCGUUACCUUUUUGUUUUCCCUCGUACGACUCAUUAACUA